ACGUUACGAGGGCCUGCGCGUCUCGCGCGGGGCAGGAGUUGACAGGCGGUCUCUGGCCGGAUUUCGGUGGCCCCGGGACCGCGGAAGAGGCUUCCGAGGGCGGCCGCGAUGCCGAGCCAGCAGCGAGUCAGUCAGCUCCUGGAUCUAUGCCUUUGGUGCUUCAUGAAGAAUAUUUCUAGAUACAUCACAGACAUUAAGCCUUUGCCACCCAACAUAAAAGACAGACUGAUCAAAAUAAUGAGCGUGCAGGGGCAGAUAACAGAUUCGAAUAUAAGUGAGAUUUUACAUCCUGAAGUGCAAACUCUAGAUCUACGAAGCUGUGAUAUUUCAGAUACUGCUCUCCUGCACCUAUGUAACUGCAGAAAAUUGAAGAAAUUAAUUUUAAAUUCCUCAAAAGAAAACAGAAUUUCCAUAACUUCAAAAGGAAUAAAAGCUGUGGCUUCAUCUUGUUCUUACCUGCACGAAGCUUCUUUGAAAAGAUGCUGCAAUCUCACUGAUGAAGGAGUCCUUGCUCUUGCACUCAAUUGCCGGCUGCUAAAGAUCAUUGAUUUAGGUGGCUGCUUAGGUAUUACUGAUGUGUCCUUGCAGGCAUUAGGAGAAAACUGCCCAUUUUUGCAGUGUGUUGAUUUUUCAGCUACUCAGGUAUCUGACAGUGGUGUGGUUGCGCUUGUUAGUGGACCUUGUGCCAAGAAAUUAGAGGAGAUUCAUAUGGGAUAUUGUGUGAAUCUGACUGAUGAGGCUGUAGAAGCUGUCCUUACUUGCUGUCCUCAGAUAUGUAUAUUACUCUUCCAUGGAUGCCCCCUGGUAACAGAUCAUUCACGAGAAGUCUUGGAGCAAUUAGUAGGCCCAAACAAACUAAAGCAAGUGACGUGGACUGUAUAUUGAUGCUUAUUGAAGCUUAUCAAAGCUAUGAUCUUCAUACUACUUUCCCAGGAAACAACGAUCUAGAGAUUGGCUUUCCAAUAAUAUGAUUUAUGCUUUGAAGUUAACCAGGCUCUUAAACAUUUUAAUAGUGCUAUUAUUUCUAAGUUUGUUUGAGGAGUGAUUGUUCUUGAAAUGACAAUCCUAGCAUGCCCUCUGAUGUAUUUGGGGAGGGUAUUGUGUUUGUUUCUUUAAUAGCAAAGUUUUAAAUUA